UUUUUUUUUGCAGCAUCAGUACCGCGCUCGUAUCGCAUUCGUUUGCUGGAGUCGGAGCGCGCUGCGGGGCGACACUGCACCGCCAAGGAGGACGCACAAGCACGGUAGAGGGGGGACUAGAGAAAAGCAAAAAAGACAGAGAAGGUAGUGCACAGGGGAGACUCAUAGCCUACCCCCUCAUUUGAAUACUGGAAGAAAAUAUAAAAUUGUCGGACCUUUGGACAUAAGAAGACAACGAGGCGGAAAAACCCAGGCGAUUAUAUUUUAGCCAACACGGCGGGGAAACAAUGAAGGAUCGUACACAAGAACUACGAAGUGCUAAGGACAGUGAUGAUGAUGAAGAAGUUGUCCAGGUUGACCGGGAUCACUUCAUGGAUGAGUUCUUCGAACAGGUGGAAGAGAUCCGAGUCUGUAUAGAUAAGCUGUCAGAAGAUGUGGAGCAGGUCAAGAAGCAGCAUAGCGCCAUCUUGGCAGCGCCCAACCCUGACGAAAAGACCAAGCAGGAGUUGGAGGACCUCACAGCUGACAUCAAGAAGACAGCCAAUAAAGUUCGCUCAAAAUUAAAAGCAAUCGAGCAGAGCAUCGAGCAGGAGGAGGGGCUGAACAGAUCAUCUGCAGACCUGCGAAUUCGUAAGACACAGCACUCAACGCUGUCACGCAAGUUUGUAGAGGUGAUGACCGAGUACAACACCACGCAGUCCAAAUACAGGGACCGCUGCAAGGACCGUAUCCAGAGACAGCUGGAGAUCACUGGGAGAACAACCACCAACGAGGAGCUGGAGGAUAUGCUGGAGAGUGGCAAGCUUGCCAUUUUCACCGAUGAUAUCAAGAUGGACUCUCAGAUAGACAAGCAGGCCCUGAAUGAGAUUGAGACCCGACACACCGAGAUCAUCAAGCUGGAGAAUAGUAUCCGUGAGCUGCACGACAUGUUCGUAGACAUGGCCAUGCUGGUCGAGAGCCAGGGAGAGAUGAUUGACAGAAUUGAGUACAACGUGGAGCACUCCGUGGACUUUGUGGAGCGGGCUGUGUCUGACACCAAGAAGGCUGUCAAAUACCAGAGCCAGGCUCGCAAGAAGAAGCUCAUGAUCAUUGUCUGCUGUACUAUAUUGGGAGUCGUCUUGGCGUCCACUAUCGGCGGAUACCUGGGCUUUUAAUGACGACAACGACGAAAGACGGCCGCAAGAGAAAAAAAACACAGAGAGAAAAACAUCAAAUACAAUAUCAGAUAAGGAAAACGUUCUAAAAGGGGUUGGGUGGGGUUGAAAAUACAAAGACAAAAAAAAUACGACAUUAUAGCUGACUAAAUACAUAACGUAUACAAAAAAGAGGGUACAAAUAAACAUAAUAUUUGCAAUGUACAUGUAAAUGUAUUGAACAUAAGAAACAGCACAUGGGUUAGCUACCUGGAAAGAAAUAUGACGUAAAACAUUUUUUUUAAACGUUUCUUUCUUUUUGGGGGGAUCUCCAGGACAGUGCCAAUGACUGCUAAAUUGUGUGUUGUUCCAGCAAAGGUAGUUUACUUGGACGCGAUUUUAGAACAUAAUGCACAAAACUGUAGAAAGGAAUUGGGAUGAUCGGUGUAGCUUAUUUCAUAGAUACAAUAAUCACGUUUCGUUGGGAGAGACUGACUUUGGUUUUGGUUGAACAGUGUCUUUUAGAGACAUCUCAUCAGUUGAUUAUUCCUGUCAAUCACGUUAAUCAGCCAGUCAAAUGAGUGUAGUCAACUUGAGUAACUUGCUGAUUGGCUAAUCAAAACUCCUAGAUAGGCAUUCAUUUGCAACAAUAUCUUUACUUCGACCAAUAGGGACAAGAGCUUACACCCAUGGAGCUGUUACAACGGCAGAUGAAAGGCCCUGGCUGACAGACAGAUGGAGGCGUCUCCUUUAGGGCGUGGCACUACAGUAGCAGUUUAAAAAAAUUACUGACAGUUUGCAGGUGCUCAAGUAAAGCCCUGCUCUGCUCUUAUCCAUACAGUAGGAGCAUGGAGAGAGGAAUGUCUCCGGGUCUUCAGCUAAUUCGAUAUGCCUGUGGCAGAAACCAAAUUCAGAGAGACAGAUUAGAGAGGUGAGACAGGGGGGGUGGGGUAAACCGACGGUCGAACUAUGCAGUUUUGACAAAGAAAGCCGACCAGCUCGAGUUUUUCCAAUGAUGUUAAAAGAGAACAGACAGAGACAAAAUGUAUAUUAUAAAAUGUUGCAAGAUACACCAGAGAGGGAAGGAAGAGAGUGAGGUGAAAGAAAGAUGGACCUUUAGCCGUCAUGCCUGUUCUACAGAUUUUGCUAAAAAUGAGGAACAUAUUAAAAAGUAAAGAUGAAAAUUUAACAACGGAAUCUCAAAACUUGAAAUGCUGGCUAGCCCUGGUGUAGAGUCUAAUGUCUUACUUUGGAAGUGGUUAGUUCUACUGUGGUCGUGUAGUGUGUGACGUGUCCUGUGACAUAUAGUCUGGCUUCAUAUUUCCUAUAUUUUGCAUUUUGCCGUUUGUUUUAUUUUAUUAUCAAAGAUACAAAACAUAUAAGCAAAUGGGUACUGUGAAUGGAACAAGUUUGUGUGCCCCUCUUGUGAAAUCUUAUUUUUUACUAAGCAAAGUAUAUUCUUAAAAAACACGCAACUAUAGAAUCUAUUCACAAAACAUGUUAUUUAUUAAUAAUCUAUCAAUCGGUAUGUCAUGUUGAGUUUUUAGGGAACCUAUUCAACCCUCUGCUUGUGUUGUUUGGGUGCUAUUUCAUGAAGAUGGGCGUUUUUCUCUUAAUAUUCCAUUGAUGGUGCUGAAGUAUUACCAGUUCAGAAUGGCAAGGUUAGGAGAGAAUACUGUGCUCUAUGAUUGCACAUUCUAGAAACUAAUGCCAUUUGAGUUCAGGCUAAGAACAGAUAUGAAUGCUGCUACAUUUAUCUGAAGGAGACAACUCUACCUUGCCAAGGAAAUAUGCAUGGCAACAUGAUACGGAUGUCAUAGUGACUCUGUUGAAGCCAGCACUGUAAAGUCGCAGAUUAAGAUCCAAUUGAGGGAAUAACUGGAUCAAAAUCAUGACUCAUGAGCCUUGCCCUCGAAGUCCCAAUUCCCUGGCUUGCGUUGACGGUGUUGGCGCCGACUAGAUGAACUAAAGCGUUCUGACUGUUUGGGGUCACCUUCAUGGAAUAGUGUCCCGGUGUGUUUCAUAUGGCAAGGCCCUACCCCCUGUGAUCUAGAUUGGACAUGGACCUAAUCAGAAUGUAGAAUAUACUCUACGAUCAAUAGAUGUUGAAAAAGCAAUAACUUGAUUGCUGGUGUAUUGAUUUGAUUUGAUUAUAGUCAAUUUAAAGAUUAACCCAAUUAUCCUUUGAUGUUAGCUUCCUAUAUGUAGGAUCUUCAUAGGUUAUAAGUUGUAGCCUAGCGGUUAAGAGCGUUGGGCCAGUAACUGAAAGGUUGCUAGUUGGAAUACCUGAGCUGACUAGGUGAACAAUCUGUUUAUGUGCCCUUGGUCUGGAUAACAGCGUCUGCUAAAUGACUUAAAUGUAAGUCAUAAGUUGUACUUUUCUUCAUUUCAAGUGCCCAAACAGACUAUGCUAGCCACCGCAAGAUGAAACUGUGUUUUCUUGUAACUGAUACUUUGACUGUAUAUGUAAUAAUUUUAAGGAAAAAACAAUAUGUUGUCAAAUGUUUUCUUAAAAUACUAAUUUUGUGUUGAAUAUGUCCUUAAUAUUGUAUAUUCAAAGGGAGGAGCCAGCUCUCAGUUUUCUGAACUUGGAUUUUAAGAGUGCUAUGGAAAUGUAGCUAAAUUCAACAUUUCCAAAUGCCAAAAGUGACUCUGUUCAGUGUAAAACUAAAGGCGGAUGAUUUUACUCCACGGGUGCACCAACACAGAGAAUCACGUUAGAUUAACCUUCUGAUACAGAAUUGUCUAUUAAUGCAAAUCUCACAGGACAUUGGAUAGGAUAUUUCAGAGUUAGCAUAGAGGAGACCUAAUUCAUCUUACCUAUUGGCUGCUGCAAAAUCAAUACACACCCACCCACCCUUCACAGUUACAUGGUCAUUCCUCUGUCAUUGUCAUCAGCAAGGAACAUUCUUUGCUUAAGUCAUCGGCUUCUUGGUGAAUUUCUAAGUCAAGUGGCCCUAUGAUGGUCAUCCCUGACUGACUGUCAUUGAACUGUCUCUGUUGUCGUCCAAACUUUAAACUACAGUAACUACAUUAAAGUUAUGCUCCACUUUCAGCUCAGCGGCCAACCAAAUCAUGGCCCUUUGAAGUGCUAAGUAGUAGUUAGUUCAUGCUUUGUGCUAAGGCCUGCCAUAUCAUCAUAAGGACAAUACUUGCAAUAAAUAGGAAGCUGAAACCUUAAAUGAAAUGUUCAGUCAUUUCACAUAUCCAUGCAAAAGGCUCUUUUGAGUGUGAAACAGUGGCCUUUGAUAGUGGGCUGUCCUUACAGAAUGGAAGUUUGCGUUGCUGACUUUUUCCAUGAACAACAACAUAACAGUAGGAGAUUGGCACUUAAUUACACCUAUGAGCAAGAAACAACAAGAAAUGGCCUCUAUUUAAACAUGAUUUAACUUCAGGACUAACCCAUGUCACUGUUUUUUACGUGCAUACCGGUAACCACUUUUGAGUUCUGUACGAUCUCGAUCGCCACAUGAGACGUGAUAUUUCAGUCCCACAGCUCUUAUAUUGUCUUGAUGAAGUCCAAUUUGUAUCUUUCCAUGGAACGUCUUGCUGCAGCAAGAGAUAUUGAGGGUAUAGGAAUGGAGAACGGGAAAUGUAGGGUCGUUCGACUAACAUCUCCACCCACAGAUCCAGGAGGGAAUCUGACUAUAGUCCUCAAGUCAUUCCAGCACUGGCCAGCAUGUUUUUUUUAAAGCUUCUGUGUAUUUAAUGUGCCCAACCACUUACAUGUACAGUUAAAAUGGGGUUAUAUUGAUGUCGUUGUUGUUUUUUAAAAGGAAUAUGGCUAGGGAGCCUUUAUUCUUUAAGGCAUGCAACUUUCGGCUUUGUGAGUUUGCAUGGUGGUUUCUGCUCUCAAUCAUGUGCGCACUUUACACUCUUUAAGAAAACACUGUCUAUCACGUUCACGGUUUAAUUUAUCGAUCGAUUAUUUAUAUUUACUCACUGGGGACGGGGUGAGGGGGUUCUAGUUAUAUUGUUGCUGGUGUCUGUUUUAUCGCAAGUCUACAGAGACACCAUAUUUACAGUGGUACGUCCAGAGGGGUGAUCUACGUAUGUACGAGUAUGUGUAAACCUCUGGGUACUGUUUGGUGCAAAAUGUCGUCCCUCCCUCCCUCAAGAGUACUGUAGUGUGCGGUUUUCCCCCACCAUGGCAGAACCACUGCUAGUAAUUCUGAUACAUUCCAUUCUGUACCCCUCUUUCUCUCCCAUGGCAUCUAUCCCACUUUGUUUCGUGUGCUUCUAUGGUGGCGUAUGCGUCCUUUGUGAGGAAACGUUAAUCGUGAGUCUUUAAGCUGCGAGUGCAACUUGUGAGCUCCUAGGCCUUGUGUGCAUGCCCCUCAUCCCUGGCAACAACAAAAAAAAGAUGGUGCGUGUGUGUGUUUGUGUGUGCGCAUGAACGUUUGUUUGUGUACGGUAUGUGUGUGCCCGUCUGCGAUCGACGCAGACCAGUUGCAUCACACUCUGAGCACGCGACUAGGGCUGUUCGGGUUUAGCAGGUCCAUGGGUUGUAGCUGUUGAGUUCCAGUUUUAUGUUGAAAACAGAACAAAAAAUAUAUACACUAUUUAUAUAUGUUACCAAAUUCAAACCAAAGCAUUUUGCCCCACGUGUUCUCAGUCACCUGAUCAAAGAGCACAAAGAAAGUCAAGUUUACAAAAAAAAAUGCUUAUAAUAUAAUAAUAUUAAUCUAGAGUUAUCAUCCAGAUUAUAUCCCCCCUUCAAAUCAUUGUAUGUUGUUCUGUCAACUAAUUGAUUCAAACCUCUGAAAUGACUUGUUGAAUAGACUUCACAUAUUGUCCUUUAAUCAUUCGUAGUUUGUAGUCUUUGUGGUUGUAAUAGUGAAAAGAGAUGCAUAAUCAUAUGAUAUACAUGCAGUCCUCUUACACUUGAGUCCAAAGGAGACAACAUUGACUAUUAUUAUUUGGUGAGAUACAUAUCCCUAUCCACAUUUCUAUAUAGUCUACACACCUGUCUUUAUGCACGCAAUAUCUACAUGUUUUUUGUUUUGGCCUCUUUACCACCCAAUUUGACGCUCACUUGCUUUGCUUUCUCUGUGCUGGCAACACACUUGAACGGAGUGUACCCAGAUCAACUUUGGUGAAUAUAAGGGCACUGACCUGGAUGAACCAAAGUAUUCUAUGUUUUUAUUCCUGUAUUGUUUUGAAAUUAAAAGCUGUAUCGGGUGUGCGGAAUAUCGGAAUGACCUCCAAACGUAGUGAGCAUAGAGAAAGCAUUGUGUAAAUGAGUGGAGAAUGAAUGACUAAUGACCUUGCCAUCUAGCUUCUGUCAGUGCAAUGCCUUGUCAGUGCAGCCAAUGGAAAGGAAAACCUCUUCUGGAAAAGGCUUGAAUAUGGCCUUGAACUGCAAAUAUAACCAGUUAGAUCUUUCAAAACGAAAUAUCUGUUUUAUAUUAUCAUGGUUCAUAUUUGGGGUUUCCCUGGCUAUAUAUGGGCACUCUUACAUAUUUGCUUGUUGUAGCCACAAUAAAUUCAAGGCCCUAUGCAAUGGCCACUGGCUUUAUCCUCACCGUUAAGUCAAUAUUCAAACUGCUUUCACAGAAGAGGUUGUUCUUGAAAUUAAAUAAUUUCAAUAACCAACUAAACCCUCUUCAGAGAUGCUACUUUCUAUUGUGGCUUAGUAAUGUGCUGCUGUCAUUUGCCACAACGAAACCUUGUGUUGUUUUCUUUGCUUUAUGGUCCUAUUCUGGAACAUACCAUAUCUCACAACAGUAUUCCUUUGUAUCAGUGUUCUAAUUGGGAGAGGGGUUGGCGGUGUAGGAAUGGUGCCCCAAAAUUGUGACUUCAGAAAGUUGAUCAUUAUCUGAAUGGUCAUAACAGUAGGUUAACAGAAAACUGAUAUCAAAAAUAUUAUUAUAAUGAAAAGAAAAAUGCAGUAACAUUUGCAAACUGAGUGAGAAAGAACGGCAAAAUUAUUAAAUGCUAAACAAAAGAUGUGAGUGGUUAUAUUAUAGCAAUGAUUUAAAGAAAUAAAGGAGUUAUGUUAACAAAAAUAAUAAUAGUAAUAUUGAAUGCUCGCAAUUUUGUCAAACUGAACUGGAUCUUUGUGUCUUGUAAUUAUUGUAAAUACUUCAAAGAGAGAAAAAAUGACUUGCAUGUCCAUGUAUAAAACUACUGAGAAACUUGUUCCUGUCAAAGUUGUGAAGUGGUUCGAUCUCUGCCCUAUCUCCACUGUCCCUCCUCUUUGGACUGACUGUCUGUACAUAUAUGUUCUUUCAGUUUUAAUGUGUGUUUGGAGAGUGUUUGGACAAAAUAAAGAAUAAUUUGUGUGACCAACCAUAUCAGUCAAAAACCAACCAGAUUGAUUUCGUUCAGAGGCAUCCGUCUCUGAUGAAUAGUGCUUCCCUCCAUCCAUAGUAAGAAGGGAGUGGUAACAUACAUGUUGCCACGUCGUCUCGGUUUCCUGCUUCCAGGCCAAAUAUGAACUCAAACACUCUCUUUGUCUCCAAUUAUUAGCCAGUAGUCAACCAAAAACAGCCCUGUCAUUAUGAUUGGUAUUGUCUUGUAUAAUGACAAUGUCAACCUUGUCACUCUGCUUUGGGCUUCUUCUCAUGGGCCCAGGGUCUCUCAUCGCUGUGGAAAGUAUACUGUGGUGAAAAAAUAAGUCCUUCUCUUAAUUGAACCCGCCAUUACGUAGUGGUCAUGACAUUUAGAGUCAUUAAGUACUAAUUUGUGUGAUCUUUAAUGUCUGGCAAGUGUUGCAACUCUCCUAUGUUCAUGUGCAUAGGAGAGAAAAUGAUUUCCAUUGUCAAAUUUGUAAGAAUUUCAAUUUUUGAAAUUAGUUAGGCUCUGCGUUGAGUUUUGUCCUAUUUUGUGCUGAUAUCUUAGCGCUUCAGACGCAAACAAUCAAAUCACCUUCUUAUGAGUUUGAGAGGAUUUUUUCCCAAUUGUGAGGCAACCCAAGGAGGUCUGAGCACCCUCAAAGGGAAAGUUGUGGAUCAUACUGAAAGAUUGGCCUGUGACAAUAUAGAAAUCCACUUUUAUGUGCAAUACAAAAGAAAAAGGGCUUUCUCUAACAUGCAGAAGUGAGACAAAAUUAUUUCAGACCUUGAUCGACCACAACACAGUUUUGGUUGCAGAUCGAAAGCCACAGUUGGUGGAAGUGAUUUGAAAUGUGUAACAACACAGGCAGAAGAGAACAACUCCAUCUUGUUCUGUGAAAGUCAGUUAGAGGGGGUUGUCAGGGUGGGAGAGAUCAGAGUGAAACAAGAAAAUUAUACUGAGAGAGACUGAAAAAAAGAGGACAGUUGGAUCGUUUGCUGCAACUUUGACUGGAAAUGCAACUUGUGUCCCGUUUUUUUUGUGUGUAUGUGUGCGUACCGUAAUGUAAAAAACUAUCUGUCCCUCUCUCUCCCUCUCUUGUACUGCUGUUUGCUGUUCUGUUUAGUUAGUGUGAUGUGCCAGUAUUUCCCCUCCCCACCCUUUGCUAUCUCCCCUACUCUCGCUCUCUCUCUCCCUUUUCUCCAUGGAUCUUUAAGAUGACAACUCUAUGCAGAUGCUGUCUUUUAUAAGUGUGUCAACUUUUAAUUUAAAAUAAAAACUAUAAAAAAAACUAACACGACAGACAUAUUGAAAUGAUAACAAAAAAAUGAAUAAAGAAAAGGAUUGUUCAGUGUA